AUUACUGACUUUGGCGAUGAUCGCCAUAAUAUUUAUAUUAUUCUUAUAAAACUGCCGACUCGGCACAAGUUUAGUGGCCACCAUAAAGUAAAUAAUAAUAACCAGUGAGCAUUUUAACUGAACUCAAAACGUUUUGUAGUAAUUUACUGUUUUAGUCAACAACAUUCUUAAGACAAUAUGAUAAAUAUGCGGCCAAAGUCACCGCCACGGGCGGAGGCACUGUUUCUGGCCAUGAGGCCUAAGCCUGUCUACCAGCAAGGAGUUCUUUUGGGCAAUUGGGUGGAAGAGGGAAUAGAAUGUCCAAAAGGAGGAACACUAUACUUCCCGCCCAAAGAAGAAAUAGAUUACGAGAAAAUGAAACCAGAAACACGGCAACCUGAUUUUCGUUCGAAUAAAUUGAACAGUACACAGGGCAAUAUGAUCGUAGUAUCAAAACACGACAGCCACGAAGGCUGUGGUAACUACACAACCAUCAACGAUCUGGUCUACAACCACAUGCCGAAACCGCUUUGUGGGCCGCCGUUCCGUUACUACAAGAGGGCUGAACACACAUAUUAUCCGCAACCUGAUUUGACCAAGUGCUAUGGUAACUUGACCGAAUGGGGUUUACGGUCCUACAAGCAAUACGAGUGGGCUUGUACAGACGUCUCGGAUUACUCGUCUAGCCUCUACGAAGACACUUAUACAGCGCCGCGUCUCAAUCAGUACCUUCCAAGUAAAGAGAGGAGAGCACGAGACUCGAGCUUCACAAAAAGUUUCCGAUUCAAAAUGACAAAACCUAUAACGAGAAAAACGACAAAACCAAAAAAAUGAUAACAUCAAGAAUCAUUUUCUUCACAUUUUGCAGAAACACUAGUCUUUACAAUAUCACAUU